GAAAUACUUACUUCGAAAUGAUGCAAACCCAGGGAUUCGAGAUAAGCAAGGUUACAAUGCCGUUCAUUAUGCUGCUGCUUAUGGGCAUCGUUUAUGCCUUGAAUUGAUUGCCAAUGAAACACCUUUAGAUGUUUUAAUGGAAACAUCAGGGUCUGACAUGCUGAAUGAUUCAGAGAACAGAGCACCAAUUAGUCCAUUGCAUUUAGCUGCCUAUCAUGGACAUCAUCAAGCUUUGGAAGUAUUAGUGCAGUCUUUGUUGGAUCUUGAUGUCCGGAACAAUAAUGGAAGAACACCUUUGGAUCUUGCAGCUUUUAAGGGACAUGUUGAAUGUGUGGAUGUACUCAUUAAUCAGGGAGCCUCUAUCUUGGUAAAAGACUAUGUUAUAAAGAGAACACCAAUACAUGCUGCUGCUACAAAUGGUCAUUCAGAAUGCUUGCGGUUGUUAAUUGGAAAUGCAGAACCACAGAAUGCUGUGGACAUUCAAGAUGGAAAUGGACAGACUCCUUUGAUGUUGUCUGUUCUUAACGGGCAUACAGAUUGUGUCUAUUCCCUCCUCAACAAAGGAGCAAAUGUAGAUGCCAAAGAUAAAUGGGGAAGAACAGCAUUACACAGAGGGGCUGUUACUGGGCAUGAGGAAUGCGUAGAAGCACUGCUUCAUCAUGGUGCAAAAGCCACCCUACGAGACUGCAGAGGACGUACACCUAUACAUUUAUCUGCUGCUUGUGGACAUAUUGGGGUAUUAGGAGCACUCUUACAAUCAUUGUCAUCUGGGGAUAUGAUACCUGCUCUGACAGACAAUCAGGGAUAUACAUCAUUGCAUUGGGCAUGUUACAAUGGUCACGACUAUUGUGUGGAAUUUCUUUUGGAUCAGGAAGUUUUUCAGAAAAUGGAAGGAAAUUCUUUCAGUCCAUUACAUUGUGCAGUGAUAAAUGAUAACGAGGGUGCUGCUGAAAUGCUAAUUGAUAUACUGGGAUCAGGAAUUGUAAAUUCUACAGAUGCAAAGGCAAGAACACCUCUCCAUGCAGCAGCCUUUACAGAUCACGUAGAGUGUUUACAGCUUUUGCUUAGCCAUAAUGCACAAGUAAACUCUGUAGAUUCUUCUGGGAAGACACCUUUAAUGAUGGCUGCAGAAAAUGGGCAAACAAAUACAGUUGAGGUAUUGGUUAGCAGUGCUAAAGCUGAUCUGACUUUGCAAGAUAAGUGUAAAAACACUGCACUACAUCUGGCCUGCAGUAAGGGUCAUGAAACUAGUGCCUUGUUAAUAUUAGAGAAGAUUACAGAUAGAAAUCUGAUCAAUGCCACCAAUACAGCAUUGCAAACGCCUUUACAUGUUGCUGCACGAAAUGGAUUAACAGUUGUAGUUCAAGAACUUCUGGGGAAAGGAGCAAGUGUACUUGCAGUAGAUGAAAAUGGUUAUACACCAGCAUUGGCCUGUGCUCCCAAUAAAGAUGUGGCUGACUGCUUGGCUCUCAUUCUGGCUACAAUGAUGCCUGUUUCAUCAAGCAGCCAAAUAUCUUCUCUUACAUUUAAUUCCAUUAAUCAUUAUACCACCAGUUCAAAAACAGUCACCUUUGAUUCUUCACCAAUUACCCGAAGUGAACAUAGUUCUUAUUGUAGUUUCAACAACAUUGGGAGGGAAGAUGGCUAUCCAUAUACAGAAGAAGAUGAACUUAAUGACUCAGAUUCUGAAACAUAUUAAAAAGCUCCAUUAGAGGUCUGAGAAGUGAACUUACUUGCUGAAUUUCCAGUUUGUUAUUGGAGAAAGCAGUCUUGCUGAAUACAAAAAAAGGAUAGCCCAAGGAAAAUAUUCCUUUAACGAAAGUAUGGGGACACAACAAAAAAUAUGAUUCAAGAGUUUUUUUAAAAGAAGGUUAUGCAAAAGAAAUGGUUGGAAUCUGUGGUGAAAACAAUUAUCUAGAAUGUUAUUUAAUUGCAAUGUAUUGGUUUCAGUGAAUAAUCCCAAUAAAGUUGUGCAUCUUUCUAUAAACAAAUAUGCAAUUAUAGAACAAAAUGGACAAUACAUUCAAAUCUUAACUGCAAAAACUAAGAUCAUUUUGAAGGCAAUAAUUGAGUUUGGGACAGGAGGCAUUGUUUAUGCUGCAAAUUGCCAAAGGACCAAAUAACUUAAAACUUUUUUUAAAUUUAAAAAACCCUUUUUGAGAACACUUGAACAGCUUAAAUAAGUAAUAGUCUUAACCAUCCCUUAAAUUAUAACUAGCAAUUAAUCUCACAUUGGUUUUAACUGUUGAUUUGUUGUUUUAAUCAUCUGAUAUCCUUCCGACACUAUUAAAUAUACCACAAAAAUACAGCUUAUAAUUUGUUAGGCUUUUAAGGUAUUAAAGCUGUUACUAGCUGAACCAGGAAUUGUCAAAGUAAAAUGAGUACAAAAACAGCAACGUAGUAAAUCACUAGCUUUCUUUUAUUACACAAAUAGAAAAAAGAGAGAGAGACGCAAAGAUACACAAACAAACACACCAACGGGAAUUCUUUGAGUAAGUCAAACUGCAUCAAAAAUAAAACUGCAAUAUCCUGAUACUUUGUUAGACGCCUUAUAGAAUACUAUUUCUUACAAUUCACCCAAUGUUUUACUAAAUUUAGUGAAUGAUAUUGGUGCCUCUAUUUGUGUACAUAUAAUUAAAAUGUUUUUAAGGCUAAGAAUAUGACUGAAGAUAAUAUGAUAAAAUAUUGUUACUCUAUUACCAAAAAGGUACAAUGUCGGAUUUUAGAAACAUACAGAAGAGCUUCAUUUAUAAUUUUUUAAAUGAUGCAGAUCCUUCUGUUACCUGUGUUUGUCUAAUUUAUAAUAGGCUCCUGCAAAUAACUAAAAAUGGAAGAAUGGCAUUUUCCUCUCAAGUUUGUUUGUUAAAAUAGAAGUAUUUAUUUGGUUGCUUUGGUUAUGUACAUGUGAGACUAUCUUGCUUGAUAAGGUUAUAGCAAAUGGAUCCCUAUCUUUUAUCUUUUUUUGUAUUGUGAAACUGGAAACCUUAAUACCAUUGCAAACUAUCAGCUUGUUUUCUGAACAUAGUGUGAAAACACAAAACAGUAUUUUGAUCUAUUUGAUAAUUUUGUGGGUUUUUUGAAGAAUUAAUGAGCAUGUACAUAGAAAUAGCAUUUGCUUGAAUACUGUACUUACCUGCACUCCUUUCAGUACAUCAAGAUUCCUGUGUAUAUUUUACAGAGUAUAAUAAAAUUCAAAUGUGAGAGUUGUAUUUAAUGAACAAUUUAUGUAUCAUUAUGGAGUAUUGAGAAUUAAUUCAAAUUUAUUGUAUUGAAACCUCAGAUUUAUAAACCUUAUUGUGCAAUGCUUUUUAAUUUUCUUGAUUCUAAAGCAAUAAUUAGCUUAACUAGUAUUUGAAUUAGCAGUAAUUCAGAUAUUUAAAUAUAUAUUUUGGAGACCUCAUCUUUUUAUUUUAACUGGAUUUAAUUUCUGAAAAAAUCAUAGAUAUUGUUAUUGGGCAGUUGAAAAUCUUGAAAGUCUGAGGUUUUCUUUUCUGUAUCACUUUAUAUACAUAAUGUCUAAAAUGGAAAAGAUAUAAAAGCCUAGUAAUUAGCUGAGUAUGAACAUGUUCUUCAUAAGACUUCCUUUUUACUUCACAAUUAACUCUGAAAGCAUUGUUUAUUUUAUAAAUGAAGCUACCAACUUUUGGAACAUUUGAAUAAUGAUGAACUAUGAGGCAUUUAGUUACUUGUUUUACUCAAUAAUCAAAUCAUUGUUUUGUAUUUUUCUCAAAAUCUUUAGGCAGGCAAAAGAAAACAUAAUAAAGCAGUAAAGUCAUAUUUACCUUCCUUAAAUAAUAUCCUCCAAUAGCUUUCAUUGAUCGAUAUAUCAACAAUUAGCAACAAAAUAAAAUAUAUGUUAACCAGUUUUAAAAAGAUGCAAUUCUAUUCAGAUCCUUAUAAUUCAACCCAGAGCAGCUAAAAUCAGCUAAAACUGAUAAAUAAUGUAUUCCUUAUUUUUUCAUUUAGAUCUGAUUUUUCUGGUCCAAUAUGGUUAGGACAUAGUGUCUUUUGGAAUAUAAGCAGGAAAUACAAGAAGGUAGACAAAAGAUAACUGCUUGAUAAUUUCGAAGAUUAUAACUGACACACAAUUCAGAUAAAAGUCUGGAACCAGUAAAACUAAGACAACAGUAAUAAGUACAAUAUUUGCAAAGAAUAAAAAGAAUACUGUAAUAAUAUUCCAAAAUUUAAUACUAAUUUUGCUGUAAAAGACAGCAUAUGAAACAACAUAAAACUCAUAUUUGAUAUACUUCAUAUUUCAGAAGUCUUAGAUCUGAGGUCCUAGGCAAAUCUCCCCUCAACUCAGCCCUCUCAUGUGAAAUACAAAUACACUGUUCCUCCUUGACCACUACAUCAACAUCUUAUAGUCCAGUUUAUAUCCCAAGAUGCCAAUAAUGCAUUGAUUUUAGUUUGUUCUAGGGAGAUCUACUCAAGUCAGUUUCCUACCUACAGUCAGAAUGUAAUGUUAAAACAAAAGCAGUUGAAUAAAAGGUGACACAGCUUUUGAAGUGAAUAUGCUUCUAUAGUAAAGAAUCCUUAAGUGCUUUUCUAUAAUUAAUUGGAUAUAAAAUAAAAGCAGAGGUUACACUCAACACUUGAUACAGUGCAAUAGAAGUCUCCUGAAAAGGUUCAGUCAGUCCUGUUAAAAAAAAGUGAAAAGUUUCCUUUAGUCCUAAGAAAGUUCAGUUGUGUUUAAUAUGUAUACCUUGAAAAUGGUGAUUUUUUGUUUACAUUUUAUAUCCUUCCCUCCACAAACCUCACAAUAUGAGUUCUCAAAAAAAUAAAUAAAUAAAAGGUUAUCACUAAA